AUGACCAUCACCGUUUCCCCCAAGACCAUUGACCUUCAAACCGGCUGGCCCAACCCCGCCCUCCUCCCCGCCCCCAUUCUCCGCCACUCCGCCACGACCGUACUGUCCAAUCCCUCCAUUUCAACCCCAGCCCUCCUCUACGGCCCCGAUGAAGGAUACGAGCCGCUCCGCACAAACAUAGCCGCAUGGCUGAGCGAUUUCUACCAGCCGCGCGAGCCCAUCUCCUCGAAGCGCAUCUGCAUCACUGGCGGGGCCAGCCAGAACCUGGCAUGCGUGCUGCAAACCUUCACAGACCCAGUCUACACGCGGAAUGUAUGGAUGGUCGCACCGACGUACCACCUGGCCGCGCGCAUCAUGGACGACGCUGGCUUCGCCGGGCGCUUACGAGGGGUCCCCGAAGAUGACGAGGGCGUCGACAUAGCGGUGCUGGAGAGCGGUUUACGCGCCGCAGAAGAGAAUGCCCUGCGCACUGGGAAUACCGAGCCGUCACCGUGCCAUGCCACUUUGCCAUCAUUUAUUGAGUCCCGGACUGACCCUGCCCCUCUUUCCCUGCAGAAACUGAAACCGCCCAGGCCCUGGCGCAAGAUCUACAAGCAUGUCAUCUAUGCUGUGCCGACUUUUGCGAAUCCCUCGGGAAAGAUUAUGUCGCUGCGUAGACGUGAGGCGCUCGUUCGUCUCGCCCGUCAGUACGAUGCGCUUAUCGUUACGGAUGAUGUGUACGAUUUCCUUCUGUGGUCGGCCAAGCCGGAGGGAGAGGGGAAUUUCCGUGACCGCGCAUGUAUUCCGCGCAUUGUCGAUGUGGACCGCUACUUGGACGGUGGUCCACAGGAUGAAUGGGGACACGCACUAAGCAACGGCAGUUUCAGCAAACUCAUCGGGCCUGGGGCCCGCACCGGCUGGGCCGAGGCUUCCGAAAAGGUUGCCUAUGGAUUAUCACAAACAGGCUCUUCCCGAUCGGGCGGCGCUCCUUCCCAUUUAUGCGCCGCUGUCAUUGACCAGAUGUUCCCUACAGUCAUACAAAACCACAUCCGCGACGUCCUACAACCGAAAUACGCCGAGCACUACCACACCUUGCUAUCAGCAAUCCACGAGCAUCUCGUUCCGCUGGGUGUCACGGUCCCAGCGCCUGCCGCGACGGCGGGUGGCUACUUUAUGUGGAUUGGUCUACCGGCGCCUUUGCUCGCCACCGACGUAGUCCGGCUAGCGCAGAGCGAAGAAAAUCUGCGUGUAUCUCCAGGUGAUGUUUUCCAGGUCCCGGGAGACCCGCAUGUGACUGAGGGGUUUUCGGAUCAUCUGCGUCUCUGUUUUGCGUGGGAAGAACCACGACACUUGACCGAGGGAAUGCGUAGGUUAGCGCGUGUUCUCAACCGUAUGACUCGUACCCAGGUCUAG